AUGCUCAAUGUCAAAAGUCGGCAUUCUGAAUACAAGCGUUCAACUGCUGGUGUCAUUGACUGGUUGAGUGCACAAUCAAAGAGGACGGUGACAAAGACUAACGACUUGCUUGACAUCGCCCAGCAAGUUGCAUCAAAUGCAGUGUCAAUGCCGAGCAACAUUUUGUCUCAAUUGCAGGAUUGUAUUCGCAUACGCCAAGAAGUCAAUCAGCAUCACAGACAGCGUGCAGCCAGCGAAACAUGGCGGAAUCAAACCCAUGAGUAUUUCAUUGACGUGCUCAAAAAGGUUCGACGCAUUUUUGUUGCCAAACAGAGUUCUGGUACGUCUGAGCCUCCCAAAGAGAGACCCCAAGCGAAGAAAGAUUCAGAACAUCACAACAAAUUUGCUGAUUUGGCGACAGAUGAUAUUGAUACAGAAGAUGAGAUUAAAGCUGACAUACCGGAGAACAGUGAGACAACACCUGCCGACUAUGCUGGACGGCCGGUGAGGCUCCAUUCUUUGAGCAAAGCCGAGCUGAACGGAUGUGUGGGAUUUGUGAAGGGCGUCGCUGACGGCGGCCGUUGCGUUGUGUGCUGCAAUGGCAAGGAGUUCGCAAUAUCACCUGAAAAACUCGAGCUGCUUAAGGAAGAUGAGAUGGAGGAGCUGCUUGGUAAUGGUGUAUCAUUUCUUUCCUCAUGUUUUCUCCUGGAUGUUGAGGAGCUGUCGGAAGAAAUCGCUGCGGCCUGGCAAGCUGUUGCAGCCGGAGAGAGCCAUCUCCUUACAGCAACGGCGCUGACCAAUGUGUGUGCCCAGCAUGCCUUUUCAUUGGCUCACGCUGCAGAGUUGCUCAAUCCGGACUUAAACAGGCUAGAGAACUUUGUGGCAGCCGCCUACUUUCAUGACAUCGUGCAAUGGGUGCAGUAUGAAUUAUCUACCAGCUACAAAGAAGCACUUAGAACAGUCGCAGAGAUCUUGUUUGGUGAUACCAAAGAAACGAGGUUCACUUGGCAAGGCCCAAAGGGCGUUUUGUAUGGCACAAUCCUUGCACUGGAAUUACAUGGCAUCAGCCCGGGCCUCAUCGAGGUUGAAAGGGCAAGUCGAAACAUCUUGCAGAAAUGGCCAACGCUCAGCCAGAGUCAAGUCAGUUCCCUGAUUCAAAAUGCUGCUGAAAGUUGCAUCACGCGUUUUUUCCGAGUGGAGGAAUUGAGUCUGGGAAUCUCUGAUGUCAAUGACUUCUUGACAGGAACAAACGGACUCAUUCACACCAGUGUGUUUGUGUCGUGCCUCUCCAAUGCAGGCAUGAUAGUGCCCCCCAAACGAUGGAAUUUUUUGAAGCCUAAUUUUUUUGGUCCGCAGUGGGAUGAAGCAAGCAGUCCAGCCACAUCUACCCAGCAGUUGGUAAGCUAUGCAGGCGCCACGCUUCCAGCAUUGCUUACAUACGCGAACAAUGAGCUUCGAAUCUCCCCCAAACAGCAACUUCAAGCACCAGAUUUGAAGUUCGAAACCCUCAUGCCUUUGUGGCAUGUCUUGCAGACUGCAAUGGCAACAGGUCAUACGACCUUGGCGCUAGUUUUUACCAUGCAUGCGCUGCUUCUCUCAGUAGUCAUGGUAAAUGGUGACCGCAGAUGUCAAAAGAUUGGCGUGCGAUGCCGUGCAUGCUUGGGAAAGCUUGCGCAGCAGUUGACUCGUGACCAGCCUCAAUAUGAUGAAUAUGAGGCCUCCAAGCAGAACAUGUGGCUGGCAAAACUUUGGGUUGACGCUGCAAAGAAACGUUCAGAGGAAGCUUGCUGGGAUGAGAAGGAUCCUUGUCACAAGAUAGGAUGUUUGCAACGUGAUCAAGCAAUGCUGCAAAAUCCCUGGGUCGCUGGGCAACAGCUGCUCGUUGCAAGUCUUGCAGUGAGCAUUGGAUUUGGAGCAGCAUUGAUGGAUUGCAAUGGGCAGUUGCGUUUCAUUCUUCACCUUUACAACGCGCUGCUCUGUGCAGAGGCGAUCGAAACCAUCCCUUUGUUGGAGGACCUGAUGGAUGCCUUCGCAACUUCCAAAGCCAUUUGGCACGCAGGUAGACCUACCAGAGACUUUUUGCAAAGUUGGUACCUUUCCUUAGGAAUGGCCGUCCAAAGUGAUCGUUCCACCGGUCUGCGGCAACAACGAAAGUUGGUUCCAGUCGAACCAGAGAAUAUCAGCCAGGCAUAUCGCCGCGCAGCAGCUCAAGACUUUCAAGACUGCUCAUCAUUGCGUCAGGUGCUGGAUUCGAUUCGAUGUUCCUUCUCUGAAAAACUGCUUGGUUACAAUUUGAUUGCCUUGGGGGCACAUUUCUGGCGACUUCCUGGUGAGUUGGUGGACGCCAUGGAUUUGCAUGACCAGGUCCUACAUGAAAUGGAUGUGCAGAGCGGAGGCAAACAACAGGAACGGAAAGGAGGUAAAGCCGGUAAAGCGAAAAAGAAGUCGUUACCGGGCAAAGCUUAUACUGAUGCAGUUUAUGGGGUGUUGUCUGGAAAGCUCUUUUUUGCUUGUGAGACGGUCGACAGCAUCGAGUCAAUGGCUGCAAAGCAUGGAUAUUCACGACCGCCUGGCACUGGGCCAGUGACAGAUUCUCGGGGCAUGGGCAUCAUGGGCUCCGCCAUGGCGGGCCGACUGAUAGAUGCAGGGUAUGCCGUCACGGUGUGGAACAGGUCGAAGGAGAAAUGCGAACCGCUGGAGAAGAAAGGGGCCAAGGUGGCCGACAGCGCGCAAGACUUGGUGGAGACCUGCGAUGUCGUCUUUUCGUGCACCUCGGACCCAGCGUCUGCGAGGGCGGUGGUCUUUGGAGAGAAGGGCGUGUUGGCAGGAAUCGCCAAAGGUAAGAGAUACAUCGACAUGUCCACCGUGGACGAGGAGUGCGUCAUCGAAAUUGCUGAAGCCAUCACGGCGAGCGGCGGACGCUUCCUGGAGGCACCUGUGAGCGGCUCCAAGGGCCCUGCGCUGAAUGGUCAGUUGGUGAUUCUGUCCGCCGGCGAGGAAGCAUUACAAAAGGAGGUGCAACCCAUGUUGGACAUCCUCGGGAAGAGAACAUUUUUUUUGGGUGAGGUUAUGCGAAUCCGCGUUUCGGUUUUCGGUGAGGAAAAUGAGGAUUUGAGACAGGAGAAAAUGCCGGAGUUGGAGCGUCUCAAGGCAGAGCUCUUGCGGAUGGAGGAGCUCCAGAUGGACCGUGCGGACUCUUCUGCCUCGUUGCCGGCAGAGGGGAGUCGCAAGCAUCGGGUGCUGCGCAAUGCGCAGACCCAGCAGCUCGAGGAGCUCAUGGUGGAAAACGGUCACAUCUCGGAGCAGCUGCAGUCGCUGGAAGAUGAAAAUGCCAAUUUGAAGCGACAAGUCGAGCUGCAGAAAGAAGAGUUGAAAGCCAUGGAAGCAACGGACAAGACCAAAGUGAUCGAAGACGAGCCGGGCAAAAAGAAGAGCAAACUUCAUUUGUUGAAGGACAAGGUGAAUAUCAUGCAAAAACAGAUGAAGGAAGACAAUGCGUUGGGCGAGAUGCUCAGCAAGGAGCGAAAGGUGAGUAAAAGCCUGGAGAAGCAACUGGAGGACGCCAAUGCUCGUUGGAAGCGUGGCCAACAGGAGUGGGAGCAGAUGCACACCGACCUCUUGGAAUCGGAAGCGCGCAACCGGAGGCAGGAGGAAGCCUACCAAGAGCUCUACCGAGAACUGGAGGAGCUCCGGGCCAUGAAGGAGGCAGAAGGGCAGGCCCGUGAUAGCCACGCUGAGCACCUCAAUGAGCAGCUCAUGAUGCUGUUGACCCCUACCCCGGCCAAUGAUCAGAACGAAGGCAACUUCAACUUCGGCCCCGCCCGCGCAAGUGUGGAGGGUGGGAAAGAUCUGCUAAGUCAGCUGAGCCAACUGCCGGACUCUGACUCCGAUGAUCCGGAGACCGCGCCCUUUCUGGACGCGGUCCCUCCGACCCCAAAGCCGCCGGUUCCUCAGAGUGACGUCUCGGCGACGCCAGAGACGGCGGGCGACGCCAUGGAACGCCUGGCGGAGCUGCAAGGUGAAUGUCACAGACUGAAGGAAGAACUUCAGCAGUGCAAGCAGCGCGCCAGCGCUGAUGCGCGGCGUGAGAUCGCGCUGCGAGAGGAGAGGGAAACGCUGCAAAAGGAGGUCUUGAAGCUGCAGGAGGAGCGGGACAAGGCCGACAAGGCGGAUAAGGCGAAUGCGACGAAGUGCGAUAGAUUGCAGCAGGAGAUGCAGGUGUUGGAGGAGGAGCGCGCGAAGGCGCUGGCGAACAGUGAGAGGUUGCAGGUGGAAAUGCAGACGUUGCAGGAGGAGUUUGCCCGUCUGACAGCUGCGCACGGCAGCGGCCUGGAUGCAGUGGAGCGGCAACUGGAGGAGGAACGGCGACUGCGGGAGGAGUGCGCCAGAGCGAUUCGUUCGGAGUGCGCGGCAGCAGCAGAGAUCCUCAAGCACACCGAGGAGUCUGAUAGACAGACGGACGUCUCCAACACGGAGGUCCUGAGCUCCAAUGCCUCGCCGAAGCCACCACCCGCCGUGGCACUGGCUGGUGCCGCGCCGGUGUCAGCGCCGGUGUCAGCACCGGCAGAGGCGGGGGCGGCGAUGAUGAUUCAGCUAGCGCCCUGGAAAUCGGAGACCUCGAUGAACUCCAAAGUGGUGGAGCUGGAAGAGGAACUGGAGAGACUGCGGAAGGAACUACAAAAAUAUCAAAAGGCCGAUUCCGAGUCCAGCUGGUCCAAGGUCAUCAACAGUUUCAUGUGCACCAGUCGAUGA